AUGGAAAUAGGCCAUGGCCAGAACUGGAACACCCGUACGAUCCCAGAUCGGGUGACGUCAGGAACCUCGAUCUACCCUCGAUCCAUGACAUCCUUGGACUCGGACACAUUCCCAGAGCUCAAAAGCCUGGCACGCGUCCCUUUCACAACAAAAACAUCGAGGGUAAUGCGAUUGCGACCGGAACAUUUGCUUCAAUCCUCGUCUGUAUUCCCUUGCCGUCCCUUUAUUCCCACCCGAUUCUUUAUUCACAGAGUCUCAAUGGCACCAAAGCGAAAAGCACCUAAACAGGAGAGCUCAGAGCCGGAGGCAGAUCACGAUGCCGGAGCAGCCCAACACUCACGAAAGAAAGAGCGCCGGCUCGAUCUCAAUUCGCCGCAUCCCAAUGCCCAGCAAACCGAAGAUUUCGGUAUUGUCCUAUGCGAAUUCUACCCUCCCGAAAUGAGCAACGAGCGUUGUCAGGCAUACAACGAUGGGACCCUCGAACGACCCAUUCAAAGUUUGGAGAAAGCAUGCCAAGAGACAACCGAUCGAGUGCGCGACGUGUCUGCAGGUCAAGCGGUUGUCCACUGGUUCAAGAGUGACUUGCGUCUUCAGGAUAAUCGGGCCCUCCAUAUGGCCUACGAAAUUGCCAAGGAGAACCAGGUACCUCUGAUUUGCCUGUAUAUCUUGUCGCCAGAAGACUUGACCGCUCAUAUUGCAAGCCCUGCCCGCGUCGAUUUAACGCUGCGCACUUUGCGACAGCUUCAGCGCGACCUCGCCGAAUUGGACAUACCCCUUUACAUGGAGACCCAAGAGAAACGCAAGGAUAUACCGGGUCGCAUUGUGGAGUUAAUGCAACAGUGGGGUGCUAACCACCUCUGUGCCAAUAUCGAGUACGAAGUGGAUGAGCUGCGUCGCGACGCGAAACUUGUUCGCCUGUGUGCUGAGAAAAAUAUCGACUUUGCACCCUCUCAUGACACUUGUGUCAUACCGCCCGGUGCCUUGAGUACUCAGCAGGGUAGACAGUACGCCGUUUACACCCCUUGGUAUCGCUCUUGGCUUGCCUUUCUCAAGGAAAACCCCGAUUACUUGGAGCUAUCGGAGAAACCUGGCCCGAACCCUGGGGAUGCUCGACAAACACUAUCGGAGCUCUUUGAUUGUCAACUGCCGGCUACUCCUGAAAACAAGAAGCUCACUGACCAAGAAAAGAAGCGGUUUGAGGAGCUAUAUCCUGCUGGUGAGCAUGAAGCGCUCCGUCGUCUCGAUACUUUCUUGGAAAAGAAAGCUCGCGAAUACAAUGACAAGCGAAGUAUCGUGUCCGGCGAGCACACCUCGGCUCUCAGCCCUUAUUUUGCAUCUGGGGCACUCAGUGCUCGAACUGCGGUAGUGACAGCCAAGCGUGCGAACAAGAAUCAUCUCGAUCGAUAUGACGACGGAUUCAUUACCUGGAUCAGCGAGGUUGCGUGGCGUGACUUUUACAAACAUGUACUGGCACAUUGGCCCUUCAUUUGUAUGAACAAGUGUUUCAAACCGGAGAGCACUAAUAUCGAAUGGGAGUACGAUGCUGAUCAAUUUCAAGCGUGGUGUGAGGGUAAGACCGGGUUUCCCAUAGUGGAUGCUGCGAUGCGCCAGAUGCGGCACUCUGCAUGGAUGCACAACCGAACCAGAAUGGUGGUUUCGUCUUUUCUGUCUAAGGAUCUCUUGAUUGACUGGCGAAGAGGAGAGCGAUAUUUCAUGGAGAAUCUGAUCGAUGGAGAUUUUGCGUCGAAUCAUGGAGGUUGGGGAUUUGGUUCUAGCACUGGAGUUGAUCCACAGCCAUAUUUCCGAAUCUUCAACCCCUUGCGACAGAGCGAGCGAUUUGACCCUGACGGCGACUACAUUCGGAAAUGGAUCCCUGAGCUACGAGAUGUACAGGGCAAAGCGAUCCAUGAACCCUAUGAACGCGGUGCCGGACCCAUUGCUGAGAAGAAUGGUUACCCUCGACCGAUGGUAGACCAUUCAGCCAGUCGUGAGCGUGCAUUGGCAAAAUACAAAAGUGCCUUCCAGAAGUAA